CUAAUUUGUAUUGAAUUUGGGGGGUGGGUGGGGCGGCAGAUGCACAUGUGGGGCCACGGCUCAGAGUUCCGGCGAGGCCCGGAGUCGCUGAAAGGGUCCCAGCCGCGGGCGAUGGUGGGAGUCCCCUGCUACUGCUGCGAGGAAGGCUGCAAAAACAACAUCAAUUUCCCCAAGUCCCGUCCCCUCAAGGACUUCCGCACCCUCCAGACCCACUACCGCCGCAAGCACGGCACCAAGCGCUACUCCUGCCGCCGCUGCGGCAAGUGCCUCGCCGUCAAGGGCGACUGGCGCACCCACGAGAAGAACUGCGGCCGCCGCUGGCUCUGCCUCUGCGGCUCCGACUUCAAGCACAAACGCUCCCUCAAGGACCACGUCGCCUCCUUCGGCUCCGGCCACGCCCCCUCCUCCCCCCCCACCGUCGAUCGGGACCCAAAUGGACGGCUCUGAUUGAAUCCCAAUGGACGGCUCUGAUUGGUUGGUUAUUUUUAAUGUAUAGUGUAGUUUGGGCUUAUUGGGCUUUUAUUGUUGGGCUUCAGGGGGCUGUUAAAUAAAUACUACUUUAUAGGGAUAUGAUACGGUUGUUAGGAAAUUGAGGCGAUUUGUAUUUUCAUAUUUAUUUUAAUAUUUAAUAAUAAUUAAAAAGAUAUAUAAAGGGGAGUGGCAAGGCCUAAUGAAAUGAAAAUAUCAAAAUCAAAAUUGAAUGGAGUGGAGAGUGACAAUUAAUCG